AUGCCGCGCCGCCGGGCCUGCCCGGCCGACCGGCCUCCUCGCUGUCGCAGCGGCAGUAGCAGCAGCGGCGGCGGCGGCCUGUCCGCCUACUCGCCCCUGACUCCCCUGGCGCCCGGAUCGACAGGCGGCGGGGGCGCCGGCGGCAGCACCAGCACCCUGAACAGCACCGGCAGUGCGGCUGGGGCGAGCACCGGCGGCCCCGGCGGCCUGUCCGUGGUCAAUGUCCAGCUGAUGCAGCGGCUGCACCAGAAGUUUUUACAGCACCUACAGCACCUCGUGGCGCCGGAUGCGCCGGUGCCCGGGGCCGGGCCCGCGGCCGGGCCAUCCUUCAAAUCCCGAUCGACCGUGGAGAUGGAGGGGCCGGUGCGCUUCGCCCGGGCCCCCUCGCUGGGGGCCGCGCUGCGGGUGAUGUCCGGCGAGGGGGACGCCCCGCUGGCCGUGGGGCCGCCCUCGCCGGGGGAUGCCUCGCUGGCCGGGCCGCCGGUCGGGUCGGACCUCGGGCCGGACCCCGGCGAAUGGCCGCUGGUUUGGGCCGUGCUCCAGUGGACCGAGCAAUUGCUGCCGGUGGUGUCGGCCGGCCCGGGGGCCGGGGCCCUGGCCGGGGGCUCGACGGCGGCCGGCCCCGUGUCCGGAUCGGCCCGAUCAUCGACCUCCUCGCUGGCGACCGGCAUGUCGCGGCCGAGCCCCGGGCCCGGGGCCAUGGGCCCCCCCCCCUCGCCGGGGGGCCUCCUCCUGCAGGAGGAUGCCGGCAGUCGUCACAGCAUGGGCCCCGGUAUGUCGGCUGCCCUGGCCGCCGGGGCCGGGGCCACCAUGCCUGGUGAUUCCCGGCGGCCAGCAUGGGGGUCCGGCGGGCUGGCCUCCUCGUCGGGCUCCUCGUCGGGCUCCUCCUCGGCCUCCUCGCGUACCUCCUCCACCUUGGGCCUGGACUCGGAGCUGUUCCCCGGGUCCGACACCUCCGGCACCAGCAGCUGCCUGGAGGAGGAUGAGACCCUCUCCACGCACUUGAGCUCGCAUACCAGCAUCGAGUCGGACCUGGAUCUGGACGACUCGGACACCGAGGUGUCCAUGACGACGGUCCCGCUGGCGGGACUGGCCCCCAUGGGCACCGGCGAUCUGGCCUCCUCGAUGGACGACGCCACCGGGCCCGACGCGUGUGAGGACCCCCUGGCGGCCGAUGCCGAGGCCGUCAUGACCCUCACUCACAGCUGGUUCUGGACGGCCACCGAGCUGCUGCUCUACCCCUCGCAGGAGGCCUCGACCCUGGGGCAGGCGCCGCUGAUUCGUGUCAGCCUGCCGGACUGCGUGAUGGCCUCGAAGCCGGCCCCGGCGGAGCCGCCCGGGCCGGGGGCCGGCUGGCAGUCGCUGUUCAGCCUGUCGGUGGUCGAGCCGGCCGGGUCUGGCGGCGAUCCGGGCACCACCGGGGCCGGCCCCGGGGGGGCUCUCCUCCUGGCGGUGGUGGACCAGCCGAGCCUGGACGAAUGGCUGGGCACCGUGCGCCGGGCGGCCACACGCACCAACUCCCAACUGGGCCAGCAGCUGCUGUGGUUCCGCAAGUACCUGGCAGCCUCGCCGGCCUCAUUGAGCAUGUCCUCCUCGAACUACAGCCUUUCCAGCAUGCUGGGCGGGUCGCAAAGCACCCUGGCCGGGGCCGGGGCCGGCGCGGCCGCCGCCACAGCCAGCCCCAGGCCCGGGGCCGAGGCGGGCGGGCCCUUUCCCCCGGGGCCCGGGGCCGGGGGCUUCUUCCUGCACCCGCCGGCGCGGCCGCAUGCCCACUCUUUCCACUGCCAUCAGCAUGGCGGCGGGGGGGACCGGCAUGCGGGCCCGGGGCCGGAUCGCCAGGAGGCUGGGCCGUCACGGGGCCGGGCCGCCUCGGCCGCCGCGGCCCCCGGCUCCCGCCGGUCGGGCCUUGACGAGGCCGCCGGCGGCGGGCCGGUUUGCUGUCCGGGGCUCGCGCAGCCGGAGGAGUUCCUCCGGUGGUGCGACGCCGGGGCCGGGGCCGACGCGCUGCCGGGGCCGCCGGGGCCGGGCCCGGAGUCCGACCGGCUGGCGGCCGGGGCAUCGGCCGAUCCCGGCCCGGAGGCCGAUGACCGGGACCGGUUGUUCCCCUGUCUGUGUCACCUGGCGGGGCAUGUGUCCACCGGGCUGCCGGGGCCGUCGCCGGUUCCGGCCCCCUCGCCGUUGCCUUUUGGGCUGACCGGUGGCGGGGGGUCGGUCCUCCGGGCGACCCCCUCGCCGGGCGCGGCCUUCGGGGGGUUUGCCUACCCGGCCGGGGGGGUGCUGGCCUCGCGGCCGUCGCCGCUGGGGCCGCCAUCGCCGCGUGGGCUGCCCAGCCCGGCGGGGUUCCCGCUGCUCGGGGGGGGAGCCGGCUUCGUCGGCGGGCUGGCCGGCUCGGCCGGGGGCCCGGGGGCCGGUGUGCGGCUGUUGCCGGUGUCCAUGCACACCCCUUCGGCGUCGGUGUCAUCGGCCUCGUCGUCGGCCUCGUCGUCGGCCGGGUCGGCUGCGGCGUCGCCCUUCCCCGGCCCGGGCGGCAUGGCGGCGCCGCCCGGCGCCUCGACGUCGCAGCAUGCCCGGCACCUGUCCGACGGGGACUUCACCUACGCCGGGGCCGGGGGGUUUCCCUUUGCCACGAGCACGGCGGCGGCGGCGGCGGCGGCGGCGGCCGGCUUCAAUCCCCCCGGUCACUAUGGGGCUGGGGGGAUGUAUGGGCCGGGGGGGGCCGGGGCCUUCGGCCCGGGUGUCGUGGCCCCCGUCGGGGGGCUGCCCGGGCAGCUGGGCCUCGGAGGGGGCGCGGCCGCCAGCGCCAUGGCCGGGCGUCUUGGGCUCCGGGCGCCCCUCCCCCCGCUGGCCUCCAGCGGCUUGAGUUCCAUCUCGCUGGGGGCCAUCAGCAGCCAGGGCAGCGCCGCGGCACUGGCCCCUGUCGGGCCGCUAUCCGGGGCCCUGUCCACCGGGUCGAUUGCGUCGGCCGGCACGCCGCGGGCGCCUGGUGGCCCGUCGCACCCUGGCAGCGUGUGGUCGCUGCACUCGCCGGGGGCUCUGCUGGCAAGUGGGUCCUCGCUGGGGCUGCUUUCCGGCUCGCUCGGGUCGCUUGACGACCAACUCCGCGCGCAGUCGCUCCCGGGGCACCUGUUCAGCGAGCGAACCGGCUCGCCGGUGCCAUCGCCCGGGUCGCCCGGGCCGCUGCUGGCCGGGGGGUCGCGCUCGGCCUCGAGGUCCUCCCUGACGUCGGUGGGGGGGACCGGCACGGGCGGCGGCUCGACAGCGCGUCUGGUGUCGGCAACGGCGGCAGCGGCCGAGGCCCGGGCAUCGCCGACGGUCCCCGAGCGCAGUGCCUCGCCCCUGGCCGGGCAGCCGGGCGAAUGGCCGGUGGAGAUGCGCGCCCGGGCCAUCACCCGGCACACGCGCCCGGUGAGCCUCAACACGGCGGACUUCCAUCUCCGGCCGCGGCUGUCCUUCUCGGGGCAGGCGUCGCCGGAGCAGCUGAACGCCGCGGCCGGGCCCGGCCGGCCGGAGUUGCUGAUCGCCGCGGCGGCCGGGUCGGCGGCCAGCCGGCCGGGGUCGCGGGCCGGGGCCGGGGCCGGGGCCGGGGCCUUCUCGGCCGCCUCGUCGGCCGCUUCCUCGGCCGCUUCCUCGGCCGCUUCCUCGGCUACUCCCUCGCCGCGGGCCGUGGCCGGCCCGGCGCCGGCCAAUGCGCCAGGUCGGUGGCCAUCGCCCUCCCCGGUGGCGGCCGGUGUUGUGUCGGCCGCCGAGCCGGCCGUCAGCCUCCCCCCCCAGCCGCCGAUCAUUUUCCUGUCCCCGGAGCCGGCCGACCCGGUGGAUGGCCAUGGCCGGUCUUCCAGCAAUCCCAUUUCCUCCUCCUGCUCCGGGGUGGCCGGCGGGUCGGGGGCCGGGGUCGGCGGGCCGGGCGGGCCGCCGGCCGGUCGUCGGCCCGGGCUCACCUCGGCCCGGUCGACCUCGGCCCUGGGCACGGUCAGCAGCGCGGAGCUGUCCCGGGGCCGGGGGGGGCCCUACACCGGGGCCGGUGCUCCUGCCCCGGGGUCGGGGCCGCUCGGGGGCCCGGGCCCGGGCCUGGCCGGCCCGGCUCCCAGCGGUCCGACCCCCCCGGCGGGCUUGGACUUCCGGCUGCCCGCGUCGCCGCUGAUGGCCGGGAGCUGGAUCACCACGCCGCCUCUGCCGGCCGGCGGCCCGACCGCCGGGGGGGGGCCCCUCGGCGGGGGCGGCCCGCUGCCUCGGUCGGUGUCCUUCCCGGCCGGCGGCCCGGCCGGCGACGACCCCUCCGAGCAUUGUCUCUUCUGUCCCCGGCACCCGGCGCACCGGGGCUACUACCCGCUGUACCUGUGGCACUUUGCCCCGGACCGGGUGCUUGCCGCGGUGCAGGCACUUCACAAGGAGGCGGCGGCGGCGGAGGCGGCGGCGGCGGCGGCGGCGGCGGCCGGGGGCAGACACGCGCCGGCCCGCGGCCCGGGGCUGUCCCCGGGCCCCGGCUCGGCCGCGGCCCCGGCCAUGUCGCCCCUCCGCCGGCGGUCGCUCUCCUCGUCGUCCAUCUCGACGCACUCGUCGGCCUCGGCCUUUGGCCGGGUGUCGCGGUCCUCCUCCCGGUCGCUGUCGCCAUCCACCUCGGCCGGUGCGCUGGCCGAUGUCGACUCGGAGGGACCCCUGCCACCGGCCCCCUCGGCCGCCGGACACCCGGGCCUCGUGCGGUCGGCCUCCUUCAAUGGGCUGUCGCGCAUCGACGAGGGGCCGGGCCUGGUGGAGGAGGCGCAUGGCCAGACGGCCGGGCAGGUGUCGCUGCCGUCCGGCAGCCCGCGCGGCGGGGCGUGGCCCGCCCCCUCGCCGGGGCUCUUCCCCCCGGCGGCGGCGCUGCCCCCGGUGAGCAUCUCCCUGGUGACGGCGCCCAAGCACCUGCACUCGCACUUGCUGCUGCUUCAGCAGUUCCACCUCCUGCAGCAGUUGUACGCGGCCGGGGCGCUGAGCCGGCGCGCUGGGCCCGGCGCCGGCGGGGUGUUCGGCACGUCCGAGCUCCCCGGCGUGCCGCAGGUCCUGGCCCGGGCCGACUGGCCGGGCUGGCGGAUUCUCACGCGGCAAACGUCGCGGCCGGCGGCCCGGCGGGCUGCUCCUGGGCCCGGGCCGGCGGCCGUCAUGGAGGUGCGCACGACCGGCCUCGAGGUGGCCACGGCGGUGGGCAUGGCGGCCGGGGCCGGCCCCCGGGCUCUGAGCCCCGGGGGGCUUGCCCUGCCGGCCGCGUCGCCCAUUGACCCGGCCCGGUCGCCGGGGGGCGAGAUGCCCCCCUCGUCGGGCGGGCCGGUGUCCGGGCUGCUGCCGCUGUCGCCGCGGCCAUCACCAUCGGCGUUGCCCAUGUCGCCGCCGUCAUCGCCCCUCCAGUCGCCGCCACCGCCGCCGCCACCGCCGCCGCCGCCGCCGCCGCCGCCGCCGCCACCGGCGGGCGUGGCCCCCGGCACCUUCAGCGGCCAGUCCCUGCGCAAGCGCUUCCUCCAGCGCCUGUCGCGCAUCCGCCCGUCGCCUCAGGGGUCGCCGGGGUCGCUGCAGGCGGCCUUCCUGCCGAGCCCGACGGCCACGCAGCAGCCGGCGGCCCCGGGGGGGGCAGGGGCCUUGCCUCCGUCGCCGUCGCCGUCGCCGUCGCCGCUGCUGGCGCAGGCGCCGGUCCCGGUGGCCCUGUCGCCCGGGGGGCCGGCCGAGGGGGUGGACGUGGCGGACCCCCCGGGCGGCGGGCCUCCCCCGGCGGGGGAAGUGCGCUUCCCCGGGGCCGGGACACAUGCCAAGCGCCCCGGGGCCCGGUCGCUGAGCUCGGCCUUCUCCGGCACCCCGGGCCGGCGGUCUGGCUUCCUGGGGCUCUUUUCCGCGGCCGAUGGCGAUUACCACCCCCAGCAGUACCACUUCCCGCAGCAGCAGCAGCAGCAGCAGCAGCAGCAACAGCAGCCGGCGGCGGCCUUGGCCGGGUCCACGGCGUACGCCGCGCACAGCCGGUCCGGCAGUGUGGGCAGCGCGGCGCCGGCGGUCCCGAUGCAUGGGGUCCUGGUGCCGCACUCGCCGGGGCCCACCCCCGCCACCACCGCCACGUCCUCGUCGUCCUCCUCGUCGUCGUCCUCCUCGUCGUCGGUGGCGGGGCCGGGUGGCGCUCCGCUGACCCGGCGCGGCACCGGCGGCAGCGCCUCCGCCGCGUCGCCGCCCCUGCUGUCGCCCUUCAAGUACCUGCCCCGGCGGUGGACCCGGCCCGAGGCGGCGGCGUCGGCAGGGCCGGGCAGCGGCGCGGGGGCGCCCGUGGUGCCGGCCGGGCCCGGGCCCGGGCCCGGGCCCGGCGCCGGUGCGUCGUCGUCCGGCGCCGGUCCCACGGCCGCCACCGGGCCCGGGCCCGCCGUCCCCCCGGGGCCCCUGCUUCGGUCGGCCUCCGGGCGGUCAAUCAAUGCCUGGCUGGGCCCGGCCCCGGCCCCGGUGGAGGCGGCCCUGCAGGUGUCCGGCUUCCUGUGGAAGCACUCGUCGCGGCUCUUCGGCCGGACGCACUGGGCCCGGCGGUGGUUCUGCGUGCGCGGCGGGCUGCUCAUGUAUUCGAAGGCGGAGCCGGUGGCCGCCUCGGCAUCGUCAUCCUCCUCGGCGGUGGCCACCCUGCCGGGGGAGGAGUCCGAGCCGUCGACCCCGGUCGGGACGGAUGCCAGCGGGCCGGAGUCCCUGGCGCCUGGCAGCCCUGGGUCCGGCGCGCCGGGGGCGGUGCCGCCGCCGGCCUCGCCGGGGCCCAUGGCGGCCGCCGCCGGCGGCCCGCAGCUGGUGGCCGCGGUGGACCUGGCCGGGGCCAUGCUCGGCGGGGACCUGCCACUGCCGGAGGCGGCCGAUGACCGGGAGCUGUCGGCCGCGGGGGCGGGCUCCGGCGGCCCGGGCGGGCCUCUGCUGGUGCUGACGUCCUCCUCCUCGACGGCGUCGCUGGUGCAAUCGGGCCCGAGCUCGCCGCGGCGGCGGCUCCUCCUGCGGAUUUCCUCCGGUAGCCAGCUGCUGACGCUGAGCACGCGCGACCCGGCCGAGCACCGGCGCUGGCACCAGGCCCUGGCGAUCCUGAUCGAGUACUACACGGCGGCCUGGGUGGCGGCGGCGGCGGCGGCGUCGGCGGCGCUUGCCGGGACGGCGGCGCCUGCCGGGCCGUCGGCGGUGACCGGCGUCGGCGGCGCGCCGGCGGCCGGCCCCGAGUCGGGGGCCCCUCCCCCCGGCCAGGCGGCGGGCGCACGGCCGGAGCCGGGGCCGGCCCCGGUGGCGGCGGCGGCGGCGUCGUCCCCGGCCUCGGUGCCGGCGGCGACACCGGCCCCGGUGGUGGUGGCGGCCGAGAGACGGCACAUCGGUGUCCCGCGCCCGGAGCAGGUCAACCUGAAAUGCUUCCACCAGAGCUCCUUCAAGCGGUUCAUGCUGCCGCGCGACCUGUCCAUGGCCGACCUCCAGGCAUUCCUGGAGAGUGCCUUCUGCUGCGCGGACCGGCACCUGCUCCUGUACCGGGACCCGGACUCGGACUACAUGCCGAUCACUUCGCAGCACGAUCUGGACGUGGCCUUCGGCGAGUUUGAGCGCCCGCAAGAUGUCAUCCGGCUCUUCCUGCUGGACACCUCCGGCGGGGUGAACUUCACCGGCGCCCCGGGCGAGGGGUCGGCCCCGCUGGCGACCGUCGCCUCGUGGGACCGGUCGGCAUCGCCGUCGUCCUUCCAUGCCCGGCGCCCGGGCGAGCCCUUCCCCCUGCCGCAGCCGUCGCCCAGGUCGAACUUCACCGCGCCGCGGUCCCGGUCCACCAAGAUGAACUGGCUUCGCGGGCCGCAGAUCGGGUCCGGCGCCUGCGCCCAGGUGUUCCUCGGGCUGAACGUCAACAGCGGCCAGCUGAUGGCCGUCAAGCAGAUUGAGAUCCCCCAGUCGACGGCGGCGGCGGCGGCCGCGGCCGCGGCGGCCGCCAGUUCCGGCAGCCAGGUCACCCGCGGCGGGCACAUCCGCAUGGCCAGCGCCGGGCCGGUGAGCAUGGGCGCCGAUGCCCAUGCGGCCGGGGCCGGGCCCGACUCGGCCGGCGGCCGGCAUGUCCUAUCACCCGGGUCCCUGGGCGGCGGCGGCGGCGGCGGGCCCGGGCCCGGGGCCGGGUCCCUGUCGCGGGAGUUCGGCGUCCCCGGGCCCGGGCCCGGCAGCAGCAGCGUCGGCCUCGGGGGCAGCACCGGCCCGGUGGCGGGCAAGCAGCAUGCGCCGGGGCACGGCGGCGGCCAGCGGCUCGGCUUCGGCACUCGCCUGCAGACCCUCCUCCGGGAGACGGAGCUCCUGCGGCAAUUGAGCCACCCGCACAUCAUCUCCCUCUAUGGGAUUGAUUAUGACUCCACCUGCACCAGCGUCUUCCUGGAGUAUGCCCCCGGGGGGUCGAUCCAGUCGCUGCUCCGGCAGUUUGGGCCCUUUGACGAGCGGCUGGUCCGGCUGUUUGCGGCGCAGCUGCUCGACGCGCUGGCCUACCUGCACGACUUGGGCAUCGUCCACCGGGACAUCAAGGGGGCCAAUGUGCUGGUGGAUUCCAACCGCGGGUGGGUCAAGCUGGCGGACUUCGGCAUGGCGGCAUACUACUCGGCGGCCGGGGCGGGCCUGGGCGGGGCCGUCGGGGCCGUUGGGGCCAAUGGCCCGGACCCGGGGGCGGGGUCCGGCCCCGGGGGCGGGUCGCCGGCCAGCGGCGGGUCCAGCCCCCGGGCCCCGGGCCCGGGGCCCGGGGCCAUGGGCAGCCUUUCGCAAAGGUGGCAAGCCAUGCAAACCUCGGGCACCCUGUUCGAGAUGGUGGGCACCCCGCACUGGAUGGCGCCGGAGGUGGUCCGGCAGCACAUGUACGGCCCGCCGGCCGAUGUGUGGUCCUUCGGGGCCACGGUCAUCGAGAUGCUGACCGGCAGGCCGCCCUGGUCGCACUUCUCCCACGAUGUGGCGGUCCUCUUCCAGAUUGCCUCGUGCCAGGAGACGCCGCAAUUGCCGGCCGGCUUGUCGGAGCCGGGCCGGGACUUCCUGGCGGCGUGCUUCCGCAUCGACGCCACCGAGCGGCCGGCCUGUCGGGACUUGCAAACGCGCGCCUGGCUGUCGGGCAAGUUCCUGCCGGCGGCCGGCGCGGGGGCCGGCAGGGCCGUGCCAGCCGCCGCUGCCGCCGCCGCCGCCGCCGCCGCCACUGCCGUGCCCGCCGUGGGCCCGGGCGGCGAGGCGUCCCUGCUCCAGGCCUUGGCGGCGCGGGCUGCCUCGCGGCCGGGGUCGCCGGUGUCCGGCGGCCCGGGGGAUUCGCUGUUGCGGCCGGGGUCGCCCACGGGCCCGGGCGUGCGGGCCGGAUCGCCGGUGUCCGGCGGGGCGUAUGCCCUGGGCUCCGGGGCCAUGCCGGCCUCGGUGGCCAGCUCGGCCGGCAGCAUUUCCCCCUACCAGCCUUCGCCCUCGAGCCCGCUGCGCACGGACAGCACGCUGGAUGUGUCCGGCGGCCGGGGCCCCACCGCCACGACCCCGGCCACCACGACCACCUCCUCCUCCUCCUCCUCCUCCUCUUCCUCCUCCUCCUCCCUAUACGGGGAGGGGGGCCUGCAUGCUGGCGGGCCCGAUGGCGUGGAUGAGGCCGUCGGGGGGGACGACCGGCGCGGUGUGCGCGGGCCCCUGGCCCCGCGCGCGGCGCACUCGCUCCCCGGCCGGCCGGGGUCCCCGCCGUCCCUGGCCCCGGCCGACGGGCGCUUCCACUAUGGGACCAUCGCCGGGAGUGGGGACCUCCGGCGCUUGGCCGCCGUCGCGGCCGGCCACCACUUGCCCUUCCCGCCGGGGCAGUUUGCCAAUCACGGCCGGCCGGCUGGGGCCUCCGGCCCCGGGCCCGGGUCCGGCUCCAGCUCCGGCGGGUCGUCCCCCCGGCCGGGCAGCCCCUUCCCCGGGGCCGGCAGCCCGCGCCCCGGCGGGUCGGUCUUCUUCCCGGCCGACGCGCCGCUGGACCCGGCCAGCCGGGCCCGGUCGAGCCUGGCGCUGAGCUCGUCCCCGCGAACUAGCGGCGGCGGCGGCGGCGGCGGCGGCCGGGGCACCCCCCCGGGCGCGUCGCCCGGGCCCACCUCCCUGCGGGCCCUCUCGCCCGGGGGGUCGGUCAUGUCCAGCAGCAGCGGCAGCGGCAGCAGCAGCACCAGCAGCAGCAGCAGCCCGUCCCUGCCGAAGUCCGCCUCCACGCCGGACUCCCUGCGCCUGGUGGCUGAGCAUGGGCUGGCCGGGCGGGCGGGCAGCCCGGGUCCCGGUGGGGCCGGUGCGCUGGCGUCCCGCCGGGCGGGCAGCGUGGCGCUGCUCCCGACCCCGGCGGCUCCGUCCGGCACCGGCGGCGGUCUGUCUGCCUGGCUGAGCCCGAACCACUCGUCCCCCUCGCCGGCGGGCAGUCCAUCGCCGGGCCUCGUCCCUGUGGUCUCCUCGGAUUCGAGCCGGCGCGGGUCGCUGGACGCGCCGACCCUUGUCGGACUGGAGGGCGCCGGGUCACGCCCUCCCUCCAACCUGCUGACCCGGCGCAUCCGAAACCUCCCGCCGCGCGGUGGCGGCCCCGCCGGGCCGGCCGACGAGGUGCCCACCCCGAGCCCGCCGGUGGCGGGGGCCGGCUGGCCCGGGCCGGCGGCCGAUGCCACCGCGCCCGGGGCGCCGGGGCUGGUGAAGGCCAAGUCGGCGGCCGGGUCGCCGGCCGACCUGUCGGCCCUCGGGCCGGCCGGCGGCCGGGUCGCCGCCGGGGGGGCCGUCCCCCGGCGCCCGGGGCACCCGCAUCCCGGCCAGCCGGCCGCGGGCAUUUACGCCUGGGCCGGUCGCCUGCCCGGCCGGGCGGCCGACUCGCUGCCCUCCUUCGACCACCUGGCCGAGAUGGCCGGCCUGCCCGGGCCCGGGGCUUCGCACCCUGGCACGCCGAUGACGCCGCCGGAUUCGACGCGCGGCGCGGCGUCCCACUUCCCCGGCGACGACCCGGCCACCCAGCCGCCGGUGGACAUCGCCGACCGCGAUGUGUGAGUUGUGCGCUCCUGCGCCCGGGGACGGCCCCUGCGCCCUCCUCUCAGUUUUGGCUCCCGGACAUGCGCCGGCGGCGGGCGAGGGCCUGGGGGGGGG